GACUCUACUUAAACCCUGUUUUUGUUGAACUGGUGUGGUUGAAGUUCUCACCUUGACACCAACUGUGAUGUCACUGCUGGAUGUGCCAGAAGAAAAACUGACUUCAAAUUAUGUGUUUCAGUUUGCUUUGUGUUGACUCGUUUUAUAGACUGCAAAAGUAAAACAAGCUACAUCUGAAAACAGCCAUUGGAUAACUCUGAGAAAAACCUACUUUUAAAUGAAUAAGCAUCAAGAAUCUAUCCAGCGAAUCUUUAGAAAAAGAAAAGAAUAGUAAUCUUUGAGUUUAAAUGACCACUAUUUUAAUUUAAUUGCCGUGCUGGAGUUUAUGCCAUGUUCCAGCAGUCGAGUGGAAGUAAUUAUCGUCUUCAGGAUCUCUAAAAACAGCUGACUGACUUCAUGCUUCUUCCCUUUAGAGCUGAUCAUGUCUCACUCAGGUGCUCAAGGCAGCAUAGGCAGUCACUCUGCCAUUGGGCUGCGCAAUCACAAGAUAUACCUCUAUGAAUAUGAGAACUUCCAGGGACGUAGGAUGGACCUGUUUGGAGAGUGCCGUAACCUGUGCGAGAAGGGCAUGGAGAGAAUCGGCUCCAUCCGGGUAGAGAUUGGACCCUGGGUCGGGUAUGAGCAGCAGAACAUGACCGGUGAGAUGUUCAUACUGGAGAAAGGAGAGUACCCCCGCUGGGACACCUGGUCCAACAGCUACAGGUGCGACCGCAUCAUGUCAAUCAGACCUCUCCGGAUGGACCCGCAGGACCACAAGAUCUGCCUGUAUGAAUGUGCAAACUUUGAGGGUCGUAAGAUGGAAGUGUGCGACGAGGAUAUUCCAAGUUUGUGGUCUUACGGCUUCCAGGAUCGUGUUGCCAGCAUUCAGGUCACCGGUGGAACCUGGGUGGGUUACCAGUACCCUGGCUACCGUGGCUACCAAUAUAUGCUUGAAAUGGGUCCUUUCAAACACUGGAAUGAGUGGGGAGCCCACCACCCCCAGAUCCAGUCCAUCCGCCGCGUGAGAGACAUGCAGACGCACCGCAGGGGCUGCUUCGAAAUGACCGCAUAGAGGAGUCCAGUUGACUAAAAAGGAGGGAAUAGCAAGGGUGAAGUCAUGCUGCUAAAAACAUCCCCUGGAGAUCCUUCAGCAGCCACAUGGUCACACCAGCUAACAGCGUUUUAAUAUUGUUUCCUGGUAGGAUUUGGAAGUAUGUGGCGGGGUGAAUGAUUCUGAAUGGGAUGAAAAUUUCUUAUUGUCACAGACUCUCAGAGUAACUGUAACACAGGUUUAAAAAAAAAAACAGUAGCAAAGCUCUCUGUCUACAGACCUCAUGGAAAGAUUAUAUGAUUUAUCUGAACGGGGGAUUAAAGGGGAUUAGUGGAUUUAAUGGUUUGUGUUUAUUAGUUUGUUUCAAUGCUAUUUUUCCAACCAUACCUGCAACUCUUUGAUUUUAUUUUUAUUUACUCAAUGAUGUAUUUCAAGCUGAAAUGAUGUCACUAAGCCUGUUCAUCACGGAGCUCUCCUUCUCCUGGGAUCCAGUGUCUAGUCUAGAAUAAAGGUACACAUAUCAUAUCUGCUCACAAAGUACUACCAUGGACAGCUCUCAACCCAACACAUGGCCUGCAGUUAUUUCUCCAGGCAGAGGGAGGCACCAUAUCCUCAUCGCAAAGCAACAGCCUCAGAGACUGGACGGCAAUGCUGGUUAAUCAUUAAAAUAGACUUAAAAGGAAGAAGAAGAAAAAAAGAGCAGUGCAGAGCUGUGGGUUGCUGAUGUGAAUAUCUUUUGGCUGGCCUGUUUCACCUCACUGAUGGCGCUGUCCAGAAGGUUUGCAUUUUAAAUGUUCUCAGGGAUGCUGGCAUCUGGAAAGCAACUUUCCAAUGGAAAAAUAAAAGAACUGUACCUGAAA